AUGAAAACAUUGGUGUUCAUCAUUUGUGGUACUUUGAUUUUUAAUUAAUUUGGUUUAGUUGCGUGUACACUUGCCUCUCAUGCAUACAUUUAUCCCUUCAAUGAAAAUAGCGUAAAGGAUUUAGAAGGACUUAAUUAGAAGUAAAUUGCGCAAUUGAUCAAAUACAAUAUUGGUCUGGUUGAGCAUGUCCCAUAAGAUUAGUAAAAGGCAUUUGAGCAAUUGAUAAUGUAAACAAUGAGAUUUAUAUCAUAGAUCCUUUGGUAAGGGCAAUGUGUUGACACCUACAGAAAUGAAUUAUUUGAUUCUUAUAGAGAGUGACAAAUUGUACUAGGGACAAGACGUGAAGUAAUAAAGAGUAACUGAAGGAUAUGCUUAAAGUUUCAAGGUGUUGGAGAGAGAAUAAAGAUCUAUGAUGGAAACAUUGUUUGGACAAUAAGGUAUUCUGUAUUAUAUAAAUUGAAUAGCUGACUCGCUCAUUUAGAAAGCUAAUACUUUAUUUAAUAACAACAAUUUAGGUUUCAAAAUAUAUCAAAACGAGGAUGAUUUGGAUAUCAAUUAUUUGCAAUGGACAGUAACACUUUAUCUAGGCAAAAAUGUAAAUGAUAGUAAAAUUAUAGAACGAAGUUUAUUUCUAUGAACCAAAAAAAGACAAGUCUCACAAGAUUGAUUCCUCAUUGGAAAAGUGCGUGGAUAACUUCUUUGGAACAACUUUUGAUUAUGCUCCACAAGACAAUAAAAUCUAUAAAUACAACACAAAUGACAUGUUAGAGAUCAGAAAGGAAAACGAAGAUCAAAUUCUGGGAUUCUUGAAGGACAUCUGUGCCAUGAACAAGCUUUCAACAAUCUUCAAGAAAAGUAUAAAGCAUUUCUAAUGAAAUUUUAGACAAUUCUCCAAAUAUGUUAUCAAUCAUCAAUAAAUCUAUUUCCAAAUUAGAGAAGACUCUAAAUGAAUAAGAAAUUGAUUUGGUCUAUGAUAUGAUGAGGAUUGCUCAUAAAAAAGUAAUAAGUAUUAUCACCAUUUAGCUCUCCAAAAACUUCAAAAAUACUUUUGAAAGUGAAGAUCUAUUCGGUUUAAUAUUAAUUGAAGAAGAGAAAAAUCCUUAAUUAACCACAACAAAAGAAUCUGCCAAAGUAUAAAGAAUAUUGAUGGAAACAAGAACCAGAAUGCUUAAUCAAGUCACUGUAUAUUAAAUAUAUUAUGUUCUCAAGCAAACUAAUUCUACAAGCUACGUUAUGGACGCAACGACUUAUCAAAUUUAUGUGUGGUUUGGAGUUUUCUUUGUAAUUGUGUUGAUUGGUAUUAUUUAUGCUAUGGUCACCAUGGAUAUUUAAAAGGAUACAUUAUUAUAUGCUAAGUUCUUAACAACAGAUCAAAGGAAUUGAGUAGUAUAUGUAAAUAUACACCACAUAUGUUUU